AUGUCAUCUGAAGCAUUCGUAACAUUGGCUACAAACGAUGGUUAUGCUCUUGGAGCUUUGGUCGUUGCACAAUCACUUAGAAAAGUUGGAACACAACGACGUUUAGUUAUAAUGAUUUCAAAGAAUUUAUCAGAUUUAAUAAAACGAACAUUAGAAACAAGUUUUGAUGAAAUAGUUAUUGUUGAAGAAAUGAAUUCUCAUGAUGAUGAACAUUUACAUUUAUUACGCCGUCCUGAACUUGGUGUUACAUUUACAAAAAUAAAUUGUUGGCUUUUAGAAAAAUAUUCAAAAUGUGUUUUUCUUGAUGCUGAUGUUCUUGUUUUACGUAAUAUUGAUGAUUUAUUUGAAAGAGAAGAAUUUUCAGCUUCACCUGAUGCUGGUUGGCCUGAUUGUUUUAAUUCAGGUGUUUUUGUUUAUCGUCCAUCAAAAGAUACAUUUAGAAAAUUGGUUCAAUUUGCUAGUCAACAACAUGCUUCAUUUGAUGGUGGUGAUCAAGGACUUUUAAAUAGUUUUUUUUCAAAUUGGCGAACAUCGGAUAUAUCUCGGCAUUUACCAUUUGUUUAUAAUGUAACAGCAAAUACAUUUUAUUCAUAUGUUCCAGCUAUUACACGAUUUCGUAAUGAUAUUCGUGUUGUUCAUUUUGCUGGUGCAUUAAAACCAUGGCAAUUAACAUAUAAUCCACAAAAUGAACAAUUAUCAGGUAAUUUAGAUGGACAACAUGAUGUUCAAAGAGAAUUUUUACUUUGUUGGUGGAAAAUAAUGUAUGAACGAGUUUGGCCACAAUUAUCAAAAUAUAAUCAGUCUAAUAUUUCAGUUAUGAAUAAAUGUUGUUCAAUGACAAUUGAUUUAAAUUUAAAUAAAAUAAUAGAAAAUAGUAAAUUAAUUGAAAAUGAAAAAUAUUCUAAUCCAUCAAUAAUUGAUGAUUUAUUUAAUGAUAUAUCAAUAGGAGAAAAUCUUAAAAUAAUUUAUUCGAGAGAAAAAAAUCUUCCACGAUCAGGAAUAUAUUAUAUUAAACAAGGACAUAAAAAUAAUUAUUUUAAGAAAUAUAAACCUGAAUAUAUUGAUUAUGAUUUAUUUUAUUAUAAUUAUCAUCAACAAGAAUAUAUAUCAUCAAACAAUAUUCUUUCAUCUUUUUCAAAACAAAUUAAAAAAAAAGAUUAUUUUAUGGGUCAAUUAUCUGAAGGUGCAGUUGGUUUUGCUGGUAGUUCAUUAUUAAAUUAUGGUUCAUUAACAACUAAUCAAGGUGUUCAAUCAGGUUCAGUAGCUCAUCGUCGAGCAUGGGAAGCUGGACAUGUUGAUUAUCAAGGACGAGAUUCUUUUACUAAUAUUCAAGAACGAUUAGAACUAAAUAUCGCUCAACAACAACAACAACAACCAUAUCAUCCAUCACAAGAACAUACACAAUCAACCGUCGGCUCUGAUCCAUCAUCUGGAAGUGAAGCAACAACAAAUAAAUGA